AUGAGAAGGACAAGAAAAAGGAUAGGAAGUCGCGUCGCGACUCGCGGUCGAAGUCGCGAAGUCGUUCCCAUUCAAGUUCUCGUUCGAGAAGUCGUAGUGCUAGCAGAUCAAGAAGCAGAAGUAGAGGGCGUGAGCGGCGUCGAUCUCGCCGCUCUAGGUCGCGUUCGCGUACCUACUCGCCUAUACCGUCAAGUAGCCGCCGCGUCGUCAACGGCAGAAUCCACGUUUCUGAUCUCACGGCUUCGAUUUCGAAAAGGGAUCUUGAGAAGGCGUUUGAGCAAGAAAUUCGGUAAGGUCGUUGACAUAUGGCUUGCAUCUUACCAUCCGUUCUACGCGUUCAUCACAUACAAAAGGGACGAAGAUGCCGAGGAAGCCAUUCGUAAAAUGAAUGAUUCGUGCGUCUUUAUCUAUUUUAUCAUCAUUGUUUUCAUUCGCACACAUUAUAUAUUCGUCGUCAACGAAUCCGCGUUGCCCAUGCCUUGCCUCGAAGAGAACGUUUUGGUUUCCGGUCAUCCUUCGGUGGGGCAUACGGUGGUGGAGGAUACGGAGGGUCAUACGGAAGGCGGUGAGUUCUUUAACUGA